AUGGCUGAGUCGCGCGAGUCACAGCGCUCUUUACUACCCGAAGAGGAUCUGGUUACAGUGCGACCGCACCAAUCAUGGAAUCCACUUGGCCGAUCCUCUCCAGAGCCCGACUUUGCCUAUGCGCUGGGCCUUUACGAUACUCCUGCGCGCGAGAGCUUCUCCGAGGAAGUCCUCCGUGAAGUAGGACUCGGUAUCCACAACGAUAUCGGUGAAACACUUCCUGUGCGAGAGAAUCGCGAGUCUUGUAUUUCUGAACAGAGUCAGCCCAGUCAACCAACCACCCCCGGUUGGUUGAAAACGCCGCAGGAGACAGCCAGCUCGACCCCGCACCUUCCUAGUUGUCCCAGCCGAAGCCAAGUACUACAGAGGCGAUUUGGAUGGGUUCCAGUUUCAAUUUUUGUUUUGGCAUUCUAUGCAACGGUGUUUUCCGGUGUAUACCUCGUUGUCGCAAUUUGGAAACCGCGAUGGUCGAAUGUUGGCAGUGGUGCGCCGCUCGCGGCAUCCACGGCAAAUUUGCUGUGCGCCUUCUUUGCAAAGACAAUUGAAUUGGCGUAUGUUACGAUCUGUGUCGCAUUCUUAGGCCAAGUGCUCAGUCGACGGGCUAUGACCACGGAAUCGCGCGGGAUCAGUAUUGCGGAUAUGAGUAUGCGGGGGUGGAUCAUGCAGCCGGGAUCGAUGCUGGUGCAUUGGGAAACGCUGCGAUAUUCAGCGCUGACAUUUCUGGGCCUUAUUGCAUUGGUCGCGUCAUUGGUAGCGAUGCUCUAUACCACAGCCGCGGAGGCUUUGGUAUCACCAAAGCUGACACUUGGACCCCUUCAAAACACUAUCCUAUGGGGCAAAGUGGCUGCUGCCUUCGGCAACAACGUUUACCUUGGCGAGAAUUGCCAGACACCAAUCCCGGUCGCGAUGGAUUGGGCGAGAAACACAACCUGUCUCCAAAUAGAACACGUAGGACAAGCCUACCACAACUAUCAGCAAUGGAUUGGUACAUGGGCCGAGUUAGUGGCUGGUGGUAAUGAGACGUCAGACCAGCUGGCCCUUCGACCAGCACCGACUGGCUCCAUCUGGGACAACACAACUGUCACCGGGACGUGGAUUGAAAAACAGAACAUAACCGAGUUGUCAGAGAAGCAUAAGCGCAUGGUGAACAACAUUACAAUGGCUUUUCCACAUGGUGGUGUCCCUUUAGCAGCCAUGGAUGCCAAGAACAAUCUUCGUCAGCCACAACAAGCUUCUGGCGAGGGAAAAUACAAUAUUGAAGCCUCGGUUCCUUCCCCUGCAGUCAAUGUGCUUUGUGUGGGCAUGAACAAAUCAGAGCUGUCCCCGAUCGUUUAUUCCUCAUGGCCAAAUGCGCACUUCAAUGCGACCACCUGGAGCGUUGAUGGAGCAGACGAUGUCCCACGGACCCCAUCGUGGCUCAAUAGCACAGUUGUUGAUUCUAUCUUUGGCUUCGGUGAGAAGUACGGUCAAAGACCACCGGUAUUUGGCACAUACCCCGAAGAAUAUAACACCAUCGUCAACACAACAGGCCUCUGGCCUACCAACGCAAUCUAUCUUCUCGGGAAGCCAUCCGCAGCCUACCCAGAAUACGUGAUGUGCGCAAUCCGGGCAAAAUUAACAGGCGUCUGCUCGACCCGUUACAAUGCAGAAUCCAGCGGAGCUUUCCUCAGUACACACUGUGAGGAUGAGUCAAAUACCCUCCAAUAUAACCGCAAGGACCCUGCCUUCGUUGAGGGUUUUUGGUCCGGGGACUGGAAGAAUGUUGCCAGCGAAUGGGCUAACGCUUUGAGUCUCGGAUCAGGCAUUACAACUUCCGAGGCCAGUAACGAGCGCCUAAUUAUGCAGAUGAUGCCAGCAUACAACAAUAUCACAGAUACCUACAGCCUAAAUCCCUCCCUACCAUCAAUUGGAGAGGCACUAGCCGUCAUGGCCGGCUGCACGCUCAUUCUCAGCACGCAGAAUACUCCCUUUGUGCAAGGAUGGAAUUAUACUAACACGACAAAUGAAAUGCUUGACACCCCCUUGUACCAGCAUUUUGAUGCAACUCUACAAGCAGUUGGAUAUGCCUCAGGAGGCACGGAGAAAUGGCAAGGCGUAUUUUAUAUCAUCCUGAUUUUUGCAUUCGUUACGAGUGCCGUAUGCCUGGUCUUCAUGAUUAUCGAAGCCCGUGGACACCAAAUCACGGACUUUACGGAACCACAAAAUCUCUUUGCACUCGCCAUGAAUAGCCCACAGAGCUCCCUCCUUCGAGGUGCUUGUGGCUGUGGUCCUGUUGGACGCCAGAUGAAGGAGCGCUGGUUCAUUGGGAUGCAGGAGAACGAUGAGCAUUAUUAUAUUCGCGCAAAAGCAGAUGAAGCCACUCCUGACGUGGCCUCAACGGGAUACUCGAGGCUUGAACAGAUGGAGACGGACGAUUCGGGGCUUAAGUCUGUCAGCCCCGCUGUCAAUGAAUUUAGGAGGAUUUCGAAGCGGAGCUCUUGGUUGGGGAAGUUUUAUUAG